GGGGGCGCGACAGUCGCGGGCAGACGGCGCGCGCGGGGUGUGGCGGGGGCGCCCCACAGAGGAGGGAGCGCCGGGGUGGGUGAGCAGAGACUCGCCACCUGGAGGCUGGGAGGAGCGGGCGGCCGAGAAGAAGAGUCGAGCCGGCUGGGAGGCCGGCGCGCACUGGGAGAGACGGAGGGGCGGCGGGCUCGAGGGGAGGAGCCGCAGGGGGGCCACCUGCUCACCCAGGCGGGAAACCCCCACAGCCCCCCGGCCGGAGGAGACGAUCCCCGGAGUUCGACGGCCCGGGGUUUUCGCGGCUUCGCACCUUUGAGAUUGCUGGUGACCUCCGCUUGGUUCCUUUCAGAACCAGCUCAGGCGCCCCCACCUCCGGGAAGCUGUCCAACCUCCACCAGUCUUCCCUGACCUAGUGUUUUGUGUACAGCACUCUGCUAGCAUUUCCCACGUUCUGUUUUAAUUUACGUUGGGCAAUGCUGGGCAGGAGAAGCCUCCUUAAACGUUGGUUGAGACAGUAAGUACCAGAGCGGGCACUGACAGAUGGACGGGAGCUUGGGCUCUUGCCUGGGUUAGCAAGAGCCUUCACUGGAUUAAGUCAAAAAAUAUGUCCUGAGCAACUACUGUGUGCCUAGCACUGGGGAUAUAGUGUCAACAAAGACCAUCUCUAUGCUUGUUGCCUUGCCUACCGAGUUGCAAGGCCAUGAACAAGGAGGGGCAGUGUUAAGCUGACUCCCAGAGGAGCUCUGGGAAGAAUAGGCCCGUCGGUCCGCCUUGAUGAGAAAACCAAGGCUCAGAGAGACCGGAUGACUUGUUGAAGAUCACACAGCUAUAAGCGGCAGCACCAGGACCGGAACUAGAUAACCUUCCAACUUCACAAUAGCACAGCUUGCUGGGUCCUUAGAGCCCCUCUUGGGACCUCCUGCCUGCGAAAUUAUUUCCUCCCUAGAGAUGUGUGGGCCCACAGGAUGGAAACGGACUACCUGAAGAGGUGCUUUGGCAAUUGCCUGAGCCAGGCACUGGCAGAGGUGGCGAAAGUUCGGCCCAGUGACCCCGUCGAGUACCUGGCUCACUGGCUUUAUCAUUACAGGAAAAUCACUAAAGCAAAAGAAGAGGAGAGCCAAGAGAUGAUCCAGCUGAAGGAAGAACACGACAAUAGCCUCAAAGAAACCAAAAUGACAGAAAUGCUGAAGCAAGAAGAGUGUCAGAUUCAACAGCAGUAUGCAAAGUGCCACAAGCCACUGGUAUCUCUAGCUAGUUCCACAAAGAAGACCGCAUUCAUACAAGAGAACACAAAACCCCUUGAGAAGGAUGCCUUGAAGCAGGAAUCUCUGCCAGGUACUUCCAAUAUGAUUCCAGGAAUGCCUCAGUAGAUUCCUUCUCGAGAGUCUUCUGGCCAGACUGACUGCUGUGUCGAAACUCCCCAAGAAAUAAAUUCCUAGGCUUUUCAGCAUGAAAUUGCUCCUCAAAUGCAUCCUGGCUCCAAAUCUCCUUCUUAAGUUAUCAAAAGGUGGAUGAUUCUCAUGACGCUUCUCUCAAAGCUACAAACUGAGAAAAUGGCCAGCUAGGGCCCUGACCUCAAGAUGGUAACUAUGUGAAUUAAACCAAGAUUGGAGGGGCUGUGAAAGGAGGUAUCUUGGGGGAUGGACUCUCCAGCCGAGGUUCUGUUCUGGUAGCUAUGAAAAUCCCUUAAUCAUGUAAGCAUUUGAACUACUGAUAGGAUAAAAUAAACUCAUAAGGAUUUCAAAUAAGUAACCAAAAGACUUUUUCCUCUUGAUUUAUCUUUU